GUAUCCGCGUCGCCGCUGCUGGUACGGGCAUGCGAUUGAGUGAAUUUAGAGUCAAUCGUAAUUAAUCCACUAAUUAAACAUUACAUUGAUGUGGCACGUGUCAAUAUUGAUAAUUGUUCUAAGAAGGAGGAAGUUUUUACUGAAACGGUGACAGGAGCUGUGUAAGACGAUGUUUGCAUUGCUGUACAGAAUGGAUUAGCAAGGUCCAUAUAUACCCAUCCCCGGGGGCUCCGCUCAUAAAUUACCCACUGGCUUCGUGCUGGUGUUGCUGUGUGAAAAACAACUUUCUAUGUGGUCGUAACACAGUGCUUCUCAAAGGAUGAGGAGUAAGCAACGAUGCUGGGAAUGCUGCUUUGGCCCCGACAUACUAAAACCAACAGGAUGACGUUUGGCACGGCUCUGGUGAUACUAUGCGUGGUAUGGAGCGCCAGCGGCGGCGAGCCCGUGUUCGACCCGAGCACUCUGAUGCGGUUAGUGCUGGUGCCAGCUGACGCUGCGGUCGGCUCCGUCAUCUACCGCGUCCGCGCCUCCGACCCUGACUUCGAUUAUCCACUGCACUUUGAGCUCAUUGGUCAAAUGGGUCGUCUGGACAUCGGCAUCGAGACACUGCCUUGCACGCGUUACAACUCCGUCUGCCAAGCCAACGUGAUCCUCCUUCGAAGGCUGGAGCCCGGCCGCUAUGUGGACUUCAGGUUGUCUGUCCGGAAUACCAGAGGAAGAAGCACCAGAAUCGCCUGUUCCAUCACUGCCACCAAUGCUACCACCCCCAGAGAUACCAUAUUUCCACACCAGCCUGGGAUCAUUCUGGUGCCCGAGGAUGCGAAACGAGGGACAGAUCUCGAAAUUGUGAUCGCGCGGAAGAAUCCUCUUUCGCCAAAACCGUUGGAAUUAGAGCUAUGGGGUUCGCCGCUCUUCGCCAUCAGGCAGCGUCGGGUGUCCACGGAAAAUACUGAGGGGACGAUAUUUCUCGUGGGGCCGCUGGACUUCGAGGCGCAGUCGAUGUACCACUUAACUCUUUUGGCUGUGGACCCAUUCGUGGAACUAGGCAAGGACACCAGGAACAUAGCAGGCAUAGAAGUGGUGGUCGUGGUCCAGGAUGUUCAAGACAUGCCUCCAGUGUUCACCUCAGCGCCACCCAUCACCCACCUGCCGCGCCAGGUGGUCCCUGGAGAUAUGAUUGUCAAGGUCCGAGCUGAAGAUGGAGACAAAGGAGCGCCUCGCCAGAUCAGAUACGGUCUCGUCUCUGAGGGGAAUCCAUUCACUCCGUUCUUCAACAUCAAUGAGACUACAGGUGAAGUGACCCUCGAGCGGCCUAUAGAAGAGAUCGCAGCCAUCUCCCACGCUGGUGCUCCGAUCCUACUGACGGUGGUGGCUGAGGAGGUGCGGCUAUCCAGAGAAGAGCCUGAAGCCAUGUCCUCGACAGUCCAGCUGGCAUUCAUACUGCCUGAGCGGGAGAACUCGCCGCCUUACUUUGAGAAUCAGUUCUACAUCACCUACUUAGAUGAGAACGCUCCUCAAGGUACGGCGUUGACCUUCAACGACCCCUACAUCCCACAAGUGAGCGACAACGACGCAGGAAAGAAUGGAGUAUUCUCGUUGACUCUACUGGGAAACAACGGAACUUUCGAAAUAACCCCUACAGUGGCUGAAAGACAUGCCCAGUUUAUCAUCAAAGUCAGGGAUAACACCAUGCUGGAUUACGAAGCCAGAAAAUCUGUAGUUUUUCAGAUCUUGGCUCAAGAAUUGGGACCAGCUACGAACUUAUCAGCUACGACGAACGUUACCGUAUACUUGAAUGACGUCAACGAUAACCCCCCAGUAUUCCUGGCUCAGUCGUAUGACGUCGAGAUCCCUGAGAACGUCACAGCCGGCACCAAACUUGUACAAGUAGCAGCUGAUGACGUCGACACGGGAGCCUUCGGAAAAAUCCAAUUCACUGCCAUAUUAGGAUACUUAAACACAUCGCUACAUUUAGAUCCCCUAUCAGGGCUAAUAACUGUAGCAACCAAUAACCACGGCUUUGACCGUGAAGCAAUGCCAGAUUUGCAUUUCUUAGUAGAGGCUAGAGAUAAUGACGGUGUAGGUUUAAGAGUAACAGUGCCAUUAAAUAUUAUGUUGUUAGAUGUAAAUGAUAACCCACCAGAGUUUGAGAGAUCCUUGUACGAAUUUGUUCUCUCCCCCAGUCUGAAUAAUUUCACUUCGUCCGCGUUUGUAAAGGCAGUUGACAAAGACACUGAGCCACCAAAUAAUGUAGUAAGAUAUGAAAUCAUAGAAGGGAAUGUUGAAGGAAAGUUCGCUAUUAAUGAAGAAACAGGUGAACUGUACCUUCUGGAAGCAUUAAAACGAUCAAAAAAACAAAAUGUCCACAGACAAAAGCGACAAUACGACAACAACGACCAAGAAAGCGAAGUAUACGUGCUUACAAUAAGAGCUUAUGAUUUAGGUGUUCCUAGACUAUAUUCUUCAACAAUAGUGAAGAUUUAUCCACCAGAGAGCAAAACUAGGACGAUGUCGUUCAUAGUUCCCGGUGCAAAUCCAGAUAGGAAGAAACUAGAAGAAGUGCUAAGCACUCUUUCGGGAGGGAAAGUGACGAUAGUAGAAAUAAAACCUUACAAAGGAAAUAAUAAUGGUGCUACUGAUUUAAGCGGCCAGGCGUCUAGUCAAGACAAGAGUGAAGUAAUAGCACUUGUUCGCAUGUCUGGAAACACUGCCAUAGACGUAGCGAAGCUUCAAGAGCAACUGGCGAAAAAUCAGAAUUCAUACGAUACUGAAUCUGGCAUCAAACCUGUGACGAAUACUGGUUUGGGGUCAGGUUCUGGUGGAAAUAACGGUGGUAGUACCGUGAAUACUAGUGGUGUUGGUGGUAACACCAAUACUGGUAUGGGAACUGGAACUGGCCAGAAUCAGCACACAUCUACAGCUGAUGGUGGAGAUGCUGGUUUAUACAAAGCAGAAAGCCGUUUACUAUUCUGGCUAUUAAUAUUGCUGGCGAUAUUAGUAGCUCUCGUGUUACUUCUGCUAAUAUGCUGUUGUAUCUGUGAGGGAUGCCCUCUUUACAUGCCUCCUAGGAAAAGAGUGAUACGUGUCAACUCCACAGAGGACGACGUGCAUUUAGUGGUCCGAGACAAGGGACUUGGGAGGGAAAACAAGUCGACGCAAAAUAUAGAAAAUAAAUCAAUACAAGCGACAGAGUGGAGACGGAGAGAAGCAUGGAGCGCAGAGCAAGCAGAUUUGAGGACGAAACCGACUCAGUGGAAGUUCAACAAAAGAAACUACAGGUCAAAAGAUGCAAAUAAACCGGCUUCAACUCCUGGCGAUAUACGGCAGGAAUUCGUACAUGCUGCAGAAGACAAUGACUACAAAUACAAUAAUGAUGCUAGACAAUCCUUCCGAAUGCGGGAUGGCCCUAACAUAAUCUACACUAAAGAAAUGCAACUUCAAGACGCCUUUGCGAACAAACACAAGGAAUACAUUGAAGAUUUAGAAAAUGGUUACGACAGAAUAGCCACCCUACAUUAUCAGAGAAGAGAACAGGACAACGACUCUAUUCGAAGACACGAAAUAGAUCGCGGUUCCGACGUCGGUGUCUUCCUCAAACCUGAUGGCGAUAAGAAUUUAAACGAAAAAGAUAGGUCAAAAAAAGAUCGCGCUCCAUCUUCCCUAGGAAGAGAUCAGUACUUUAUCAAAGAAGGGAACACAGAAAUACUGAGGUUAGUAACGAGAGGCAAGAAUGAAGAAGAACGUUAUGUUAAUCUUCCAAUUCAUCAACAAAGACCUGUGACAUUAAUACCACAAACUCAAUAUGUUGUAGUUGACGGCAAAGAACUACUAAUGGAAAGAUUUAUACGAGAACAAGGCGAAGAAGCUAAACAUAUAAGAGAAAGAAUGGGCAAAGUAACAACAGAUUUAGAUAACGUGUCACAAAAAGAUGGUAAAAGCGUUGGUCAAAGAUCACACCUAGGAAGUGACAUCCAAAAUCAGUUUCAUGAUUAUACAAAUAUUCCGCCAGAAGUACCAGGACUGGUUCCAUUGAAAACUGAUUACUUACAGUCAGCGUUAUUAGAAAUGCAAAACAAAUCUACAAUACACCAGGAAUUGCUAGAAUCCUCUCUAAGAAAACAAAAUGAACUCUUACACCAAAUACUCAUAGAACGGGAAAGAAUGAUGCAAAACCACGAAACAGCGUCGCAAGUUGAGAUCAAACUGGAAACACAGAGCUUGCCUGGCCAAUCUGUUAUGGCUACACAAACUGAAUGUCACAUAGGUACGCAGACAGAACCAGAAAUGCUGAAGCCAAACAGAAGAAAAGCGAGAAGUGACAAUGAUUCUUACAGUGAAGACGAAUCAGAAAUGGUAGUAGAGGAUGACACAAAGAAAGUGGCGUGGAUAAAGAGAAAGAAGCCUAAAAAGAAAAUAAAGUACAAAGACCCUAGACGUAGUUUAAGAAUUUAUGAACUAAAAAGAAAGAUUAAAACUCCCAUUAUUGAAGAAAGCGAUGUUUCGCCUUCUUUGGAAAGUGAAAAACAUGUUAAAAUAAGUAAAACUAACGAAAGAGAAGAGCGUAUUAAAAAUUAUGGAGAUAAAACUAAAAGCACUGUUACAACAUCCAAAAAUGAAACGGUGCACACGACUCAUGUGAAGAUGUCAGAAGAUGACCGCAAGUCAAGAUUACGUAAAGAAGUUUUGAUGGAAAUUUCUGAUUCUCUAGAAGAAAAAGUGGAAUCCGAGGCUAGUGAUAAGAGGCCAAAACUGAAAAGACAGUCACCUGUCAGCGCAGAAGAGGCACCAAAGCGCCUCGCCAUAGAACACGACAGCAGUAAAAGUAGAAGCAGUUCCGCAUCGAGAGACAAUAGAAAUCUUAUCUUCUCUAGGCAGGGUUCAUCUACAGAAGCUCGCGAAUUAGUAGAGCCACAAGUCGCGAAAACAGAAAUCUCCGAUAGACAUGACUCGCCGCCUAAAAAAGAAAGUUCUAGUAAUACGGAGUCCAGUAGCAAAAAAUCUGACGGCGAUGUCAAAAAUGGAGAAAAUGGCAAAGCUAUACAAAAAAGCUUACCACGAUAUAUGCAGUGGUAUGGUAAAAAGGGCGCCACCAAGACCGCUGCACCUGAAAAAGUUGCGCCAAGUAAACCCAAACGACCAUCGAAGGAGACCACAAAAGAUGAUAAGGAAAAAACAGGGCGAUACGGUAAAAUUAUUAGCAAAGAUGCUCAAGCCGAGAACUCAGAGGUAAAAAAAAACUUCAAAACAAAAGAAAGUGAAUUUAUUCAUCCACGUUUACUAAAGGAAGAAAAAGUGACACCAGUACCUGAAGGGCCCCUACCUGAUGUGCAUCCUUUACUUCAGCAUUCUGAACACAGGUAUGAACAUCAGUAUGAAAACCAAAAUCCUUUGUGCUAUAUUCAACCUACUCAUAUUCCCAAAUAUCUAGGAGCACAACCAAAUAUUCCAAGAAGACAAUCUAUUGAGCAACAACCUGUAUACGUAAAUCAAGAUGAACUAAAGAAUAAAGAUGCUCGAAAGCCAGAAAUAUCUGAAAGUGCACUUACUCAUAGUAUAUCAAUCUCAACUAGCUAUGAAGAGGAUCGUAAGAAUGCACCCGAAGUACAUGUUUCUAAGAUAAACAUAGGUGGUGAUAAUGUACCUGAUGUUAGUCACCGGAAUGCUACGAAAAUAGACGACAAUGACUCUGGCAUUGCCAUGAAUACUUUAGUCCAGCAAACAGGUAAUAUUAAGAGACUACCAAUAACUAAGAAAAAAAGUGUCUUCACCAUAGCGUACGACGAUGUUCAGACAAAACAACUGAGACCAGACAGCAGUUCAACCUCUUACUAAGAAGCCUUAUAUUUGAACUAACUAUGUAUGAGUGCCUUAUACUGUUGGAUAUUCUUGUUAAUUUUAUUAGUCACCAAAUUAAUAAGACUACAUUCCGUCCAAUUUAAAGUUAACAUUGUUUGAAUGUGGAUUUGUAUAUAGAAACAUUAGGUAUUUAAAGUGAUAUCAUAAUAUAUUAUAAUAAAUACAAUCAACUGCCUUUAUUUGACGACUGGUAAAAAUAGUUUAGAAGUAUUUUUUGUAAAUAUGCCACAUGUUGAAAUUACCUAUAGUGAUUAUAAUAAAUAUAAUUAUUUAAAUUAAUAAUAGUAGCUUUAAACAUUUUUCCAAUGUACAUAUUUUCUUGAUCCCACUAUGAUGCAUACUGACAGUGUGCAAAU